UAUUUAGAGAAACGGAUAAUGAGAACAUUUAUGUUAUUAGGAUUGCUUUCCAUCAGUUUUGCAGUGAGUAUUACUAAUUAAGGCACUUUAACUAAUCCAACAUCAAGAGUGGAAAGAAUAGUAAGCAAAUUUAUGCAAUUAAGUGAAAUGAGUACACAAUUUAACUUUAAUAAACUAUUCGAUGCAAUUGACUAAUUAAGUGCUUAAUUGAAAGUAAUUUAAUGUAUUUAAUGAUAAUAGCAAUCAGAAGUAGACGAGAACAAUCUAUUUGAUGCUGAUUUUGCUUAAUAUGUUGAAGAUUAAGCAUUUUAUACAGAUUUAGUCACCUUCUAUAGUGCAGAAGUUGCUUAACAUUCUGAAGAUCUUAGAUCAUUGAAUAAUCAUCUUGAAUCAUAUUAAUAAUAAUUAGCAUAAAGACAAGAAGAAUUAGAUAGAACACAAAAAUAAAAAGCUUAAUUAGAAGAAACUAUUAGAUAAAAUGAAAUCACUUAUAAUAAAUAAAUUAGUGAUUUUAAUACUGCUAUAGAUGUUUUAGAUUAAGCUAUUUAAUUACUUUCUGGUUUGAGAAGUAAUAUUAAAUAUUAUAAAUUAUUAGACCCUGUCUUAAUUUAAACUGAGUCAGAUUAAUUGAAAACCUUAGCUAGUAAAUUGAAUGCCAUUAAUCUUAAAAACCACAGAGUUUUAUAUUAACCCAUAAUUGAUAUCUUUAUGUAAAUUGCAUAAAAUAAGUACAUAUAUUAAAUCCAAUUAGUUUGGCAAAUUAAGAUUUACUCAAAAAGGUACUUAAUAUGUUAAAUGGACUCAGAAACUCAUUAGAUGGAGGUAGAAAUGCAUUAACUAGCAAUUAUAAUAGUGAAAGAGCUUCUAAUUUAGAAUUAUUAGAAUCAUAUAAUAAAAAAAUUGAUGCUCUUGUUAAUGAAGUAAUUCCUAUGUUAUAAGAUUUAAUUGCCAAUACUAUUGGUAUAUAUAUAAUUAAUGAUUCUAGAAUAAAUUAAGGUUAAAACUGAAUUAUUGAACAAUGCCUAAGCCAACCUUGAUGAAGCAAAAGAAACAUUAUAAUUUAUUGAAGAUAGAUGGGUUAAAAGAAAGGCUUAACAUGCAGCAUUACUAGCUGAAUAUGAGAAAGAAUAAGCACUUAUAGCUUAGACGAUAACUGUAUUGCAAAGAGGUGGUGUAAGAAGAUAAUGAUUUAAAUUUUAUUUUA